GCUAGCAGAGCCACAGCCAGGCUGCCCGCUUCCUAACGAGCUUCUACCGACUCGCCGCUCCGCUGCAGGUUCAUUUCUGUUAAAUCUGUUUAUCCAAAACAGCCCGCUUUCUUCGUGCUCCUCGCUCUGCUGUUGAAGCCGUGACCUCUCCAAUAUGGCCGCCCUGUUCGGCUGCGGGGAAGCGGAAGUAUGGAGGAGAGUUUACGAGAAGUACUGGGACGUGGUAGAGGCGACGGCCAAAGCCAAGAAGCCGAAACUACUGCAGCUUGACAAAUGCUUUAAGGCUAGCUGUCUGAUCAGGUACCAGGAGGAAUUGCCGGCGCUGAUUUUGAGUCGACCCGACAAACACAUCACUCUGUCAGAGCUGAAGAUGCUAAUGGAGUGGAAGCUAACGAGGGGGAAGUUCAGGCCGAGGCUGCAGCAGCUGGCAGCCUCCAACGGCGAGGACGCCGUCCAGAAACGCUCCAGAACGGCGCUGGGCCUCCUGCCCGAUGUUCCGGCGGCCGUCGCUGAGCUCAGCAGCCUGAAAGGCGUCGGCCCCGCCACAGCCUCAGCGGUGUUGGCAGCAGCGGCUCCGGCUCUGACUGCGUUCAUGUCUGAUGAAGCAGCAGAGAGCGUUCCUGGGCUGCAGCCCGUCCAGUACACCGCCAAGCACUACGCCCUCUACCUGGACAAAAUGGCCGCCCAGGCUGCCAAACUAAACCGAGUGGAUCCGCAGCAGGACUGGACGCCUCACAGGCUGGAGUUGUGUUUGUGGGCGACGGCGACGGCGACCAAGCUGCAGCUUCCUGUGCUGGAGGACCUGAAGGGCGGCGACACGCAGACCUCAGACUGCGACCAGAGGCCAACCAAGAAGCUUAAAACUGCUUAAAAACACGGCGACGUUUGUGAAGUUAGUCAGUAAAUUACAAUUUGGGUUAUUUAGCC